AUGAAUCCCGGCCCUGCACCCCAGCCUCCCGACAGACCGCGUCUUGCCUUGACUCCUAACCCCAAUCUUCCGGGCAGCAUGGCCAACAUGGCAAUCUCCCCAAUUCGCAGCACCGCGACGUCUACAUACACUGGCUCUACCAUCUCUCUCCCCAUCGCUCGCCAGCAGACUAACAACACAGACGGAAUGGGCGGCGUCGCUGUGAGAAAGGAGGGAUGGGCCUCGAUCAAGGAAAACAAGAACCUUUUCCAACCUUGGAAGAACAAGUACUUGAUCCUCCGUAAGGAGGCCAUAGACUUUCACAAGACUGAAGGUGGCAAGGUCGCAUACUCCCUCCUUCUCAAGGACGUGACCAACGUCGGCAGAGUCGAGGCCGCAGGCAAUAUCUUCGAGAUCAAGCGGAGAGCAGACGGAUCGUCCUCUAGCCCCGGUGACGACGACGGGGAGAGCAACAAGGCGCUUCAUAUCAAGGUCAAGACCGAAGAUGACCUGUACGAAUGGAUCGACUUUAUUUACGGUGCCUGCCCUGGCAUGGGCGGCGUGAGCAAUCCGACCAACUUCUCGCACGCCGUCCACGUCGGCUUCGACCCUCAGACCGGAGAGUUUGUUGGCUUGCCGCCGGAAUGGUCCAAGCUGCUCAACUCUUCGGCCAUCACAAAGGAAGAUUAUGAACGCAAUCCCCAGGCUGUUUUCGAAGUCUUGGACUUUUAUACCACAGACCUUGCCAAGAAGGCCGAUGACCAGUUCGGCGGCAUGCCCCAAGGGGCAAUGCAGAACAAGCCGAUGGGUAUGGGCGGUGGCACCUCAGUUGCACCUCCUCGCCCUCCCCCUCCUGGCAGCAGCAGCUCUCAGUACAGCCCCGGUGGCCAGAGGCGUCCUGAGCAGCCACGCCAGCAGAUGCAAACCUCGUCACCGACCUACACCUCGGCAAGCGAUGCUGCCAGGGACGAGCAAAGAAGACGACAGCGCGAGGCAGAAGACCGAGAGCGUCGCGAGAUGGAAGAGUACAACGCGUCUCUCCCCAAGAACAAGGUUCCAAUGUCCCAACAAGAGAUUGGUGGUGGCUAUGGAGGCUCAGCCGUAUCCGCUGCCGACCGAUUCAACCCAUCCAGGGCGGCUCCCCCUGCACCCAAGGCCGCUCAGCCGAUUAAUGGUCUGAAAGCUCAGCGACCGGCACCUGCACCACCGACUGCUGCCGCCGGACGACCUCCCGUCGUCCCUCAGUCUAGCUCAAGCUCUGUGCCCAGAGCCCCAGCAGCUCAACGCAACGAGAGCCCCAGCUCGCGAGCUCCCAACGGUGCUGCCCAGGCACCCCAGCAAAGACAGCCUCCUUCUCAGCCUCAGGCUGCUCGUCUGCCCGCCCCUGUCAAGCCUCUCAACGUCUCCAAGGUCAACCAGAGCCAGCCGCAGAGCGAGCCCAAGCCAGCUGAGCCAGCGCCCAAGCAGACUCCCGCUGAACGCAAGCAGGAUGUACGCAUGUCAACUAUGUCAGAGAAUGAGGUCAUGGCCAAGCUGAAGGAGGCUGUCUCCAAAGAAGACCCCAACCUCUCCUACUCUAAGCAGAAGAAGAUCGGUCAGGGUGCCUCUGGCUCGGUAUAUGUUGCCAAGAUCAAAGACACCGCCGUGGGUGUGGCUCGCGAGUUCCUCCGCCAGCAAGGACCCAGAGCGCAGGUGGCCAUUAAGCAGAUGGACCUCGCCCAUCAGCCCCGAAAAGAGCUGAUUGUGAACGAGAUCAUGGUCAUGAAGGACAACCGCCACAAGAACAUUGUCAACUUCCUUGAUGCUUUCCUCCGAAACAACAACGCGGAACUUUGGGUUGUCAUGGAGUUCAUGGAGGGAGGUGCCUUGACUGAUGUCAUUGACAACAACCCCUCAAUCUCAGAGGAGCAGAUUUCUACCAUUUGCCACGAGACUUGCCGAGGCCUGCAGCACCUGCACGCUCAGAGCAUUAUCCAUCGUGAUAUCAAGAGUGACAAUGUCUUGUUGGAUGCCCGAGGAAACGUCAAGAUUACUGAUUUCGGAUUCUGUGCCAAGUUGACAGAAGCCAAGUCCAAGAGAGCCACCAUGGUCGGAACACCCUACUGGAUGGCACCAGAGGUUGUCAAGCAGAAGGAAUACGGGCCCAAGGUUGAUAUCUGGUCUCUGGGUAUCAUGGCAAUUGAGAUGAUCGAGUCCGAGCCGCCUUACUUGAACGAAGAGCCCCUGAAGGCUCUUUACCUCAUCGCCACCAACGGAACGCCCCGCCUCAAGAAGCCCGAGAAGCUGAGCAAGGAGCUCAAGGCCUUCCUUUCCGUCUGCCUGUGCGUCGACGUCAAGAGCAGAGCCUCUGCGGACGAGCUGUUGGCUCACGAUUUCCUGCAGCAUGGCAGCGGUCUCGCCAGCCUGGCAGAGCUUCUUGCCUUCAAGCGCAAUGCAAAAUAA